AUGGCUGAGUGCGCCGUGACAGAAGCAUGGGCAGCCUCUUUCUGUCUCGGAUGUGACAAGCAUCUCCUGGGCCAGCACCACUACUGCUCUCGAGACUGCUACCUGCAAGACAAGGAAGCGCACUCGUCGCGCCUUCAAAAGCUGGCCGAGCUGCGCUCCCCGAUGCCGAAGCUCCUGCACCCUCGGAUGCCGCAGGCGAAACAGGCGGCCGCGACAACGAAACGUCCGUCCGGCGAGGCGAGUCCGACGCAGCAGCGCCUCGAGACGGGCAACGACCUGCCGCAUCGCCAGACGACGAGGAUAUACGCCAAGCUGUUUGAGAGCAUUUUGGCGACGGAUAUCCGAGCCGAGGCCCAGGUGCCGCACUUAUGA